UGGUGGGGCGGGGCCUCGGGCUCCGCCCCCACCGGGAAUCCCGCCCUUCCACCUGGCCCCGCCCCCUGGGGUCCCGCCCAGAAGAGUCUCGCUAUUGCUCCUUUUGGAGCCCCGCCCCCGCUCCUUGCUCCUCCCCCCGGAGCUCCGCCUUCGCCGGGGCCCCGCCCCCGAAGCCUCGGAGCCCCGCCCCCGAAGCCUCGGAGCCUCGCCCAGCAGGGUUUCCUAGCGCACAUCGUGAGAAGCCGCGCAGGCUCUGCAGGUGCGCGGUCCCCACGGGAGCUCAGGGCCUCGACUAUGUUGCGCAGGUUGGGCUGCGGGCUGUUCUGCAGCCUCUUGGCAUUGUUGCUCUGCUGCCUGCUCUUUCUGAAGGGGCGCACGCCAGCAGGGAGCUCCAAGGUCCACCAGCACUCAAGGGCACUGCCAAGGCCCCGGCACAGCCAGUGCUCGCCCAACCCAGCAAUUGCUAAGGCCUCCCUGUCCCUGCCCAGCCGCCAUCGCCUCUUCCUAACCUAUCGACACUGCCGGAACUUCUCCAUCUUGCUGGAACCUUCCGAGUGUGCCGGGGACACCUUCCUGCUCCUGGUCAUCAAGUCACAGCCUGGCCAUAUCGAGCAGCGUGCGGCCAUUAGGAGCACUUGGGGCCGGGCUGGGAGCUGGGUCAGGGGCCGGCAGGUGAAGCUGGUGUUCCUCCUGGGGGUAGCAGGGCCUGUACCCCCAGCCCAGCUGCUGGCCUAUGAGAGUUGGCAGUUCGAUGACAUCCUGCAGUGGGACUUUGCCGAGGACUUCUUCAACCUGACACUCAAGGAGCUGCAUGUGCAGCGCUGGAUGGCGGCCGCCUGCACACAGGCCCACUUCAUACUGAAGGGGGAUGAUGACGUCUUCAUCCAUGUCCCCAAUGUGCUCGAGUUCCUGGAGGGCCGGGAUCCAGCCCAGGACCUCUUCGUGGGCGAUGUCAUCCACCAGGCCCGGCCCAACAGGAACACCAAGGUCAAAUACUUCAUCCCAUUCUCCAUGUACAGGGCCCGCCACUAUCCACCUUAUGCAGGAGGAGGUGGCUAUGUUAUGUCCCAGGCUACUGUGAGGCAUCUUCACACAGCCAUGGAAAAGGCAGAACUCUUCCCCAUUGAUGAUGUCUUUGUGGGGAUGUGCCUGCAAAAGCUGGGGGUGAGCCCCAUACACCAUGCUGGCUUCAAGACAUUUGGAAUCCAACAGCCCCUGAACUGGGACCCUUGCUUGUACAGAGGACUCCUGCUGGUGCACCGUCUCAGCCCCCUGGAGAUGUGGAAUAUGUGGGCACUGGUGACAGAUGAGGGGCUCAAAUGUGCAGUGACCCCCCAGCCUAGCCCUAAGGGGUGGGUUGAGAAACAGCUUUAGAGUGGCUGCUGACUUCCUGUACCAGGAGAAACAGAUCAGUCCCUGCUGGUCAGCAGGAAAUGAACUCAUUUUUAUAAUGUCACCAACCUUUCCCGAUUCAAAGUGCUGCAACCCGGCAAACUUGUCGAGCGAGCAUGUGCUGAAUGGGAGUGGAUGCUGCCGGAAGGCAAGGCCCCCACAACUCCCACCACCUAGGCAGUGAAGGAAAGACACUGCAUGAUGGCCACAAAGACUUUUUUUUUUUUAAUGCAAACACCAAACUUCUCUUCCUUUGGACACAGUGGAGAAACUCUGGAAGGAAGGAGCGAACAAGAAGCGUGUGUUGGAAAAGCCCUGUGGGGAGCACCAGGUGAACACUGUCAUGCUGAGAAACUCCCUAGCUGAGCUGUGCUCACUGGGACAAAGGACAUUAUAAACAUAAAUCUUAGAAACCAGACAGGCUCCCUCCUCUGGAGCAAACAUUGAAAUUAUACUUGAAAAUCUGAGUAAUAUUAAAAACUGGAGCUAAACAGCGAUUGAACUUAA